AUGAAGACGUAUCAGGAUUAUACCGUGGCAGUGGUAUUCGCAAUCGAGUUCGAGAUGAGCGCUCUGCGCUAUAUGCUCGAUCAAGAGCACCCGAGCCUGUCGAGUAAAUCGGGAGAUCCGAAUGAUUAUAUCCUUGGCGAAUUAAGUGGCCACGACAUCGUGCUCGCUUGGCUUCCAGGGACUCAAGGGAACAGUGCUGCCGCCAUCGUCACUACAAAUCUCGACCGGACCUUCCCAAAUAUACAAUGGCACUUCCUGGCGGGAAUUGGCGGCGGUGUCCCAAGUAUUAAGCACGACAUCCGCCUAGGUGACGUCGUUGUUAGCAUGCCAAAAGGAACCCACGGCGGAGUAGUGCAGUACGACUUAGGCAAAGACACCGACAACGGCUUCAAAUUAAAAGGGUUUCUAUCGACGCCCCCACCCCGCCUCAGAACCGCUGUGGGAAGAAUGCAGUCAGAUCAUCGAAAGAAUGGUAGCAAGGUGGCCCAAUUUGUUUCGGACAUGAUACAGAAAAGCAGACGAUUCAAGGUCUAUAUGCAACCGGCUGCCGAAACAGAUGCUCUAUUUGAUGGAAACUACCCACAUGCCGUUGAUGGAGAGCCAUGUGAGCACUGCGACAAGACACGAAUCGUUCCAAGAGAUCCACGUGAGGACAGCGGUCCCGAAGUCCACUACGGGCUGAUCGCAUCGGGUAAUGGUGUAAUGAGGAGCGCAGCUAGGAGGAACUCAUUGGCGCAGAGUAUAAGAGAUAUUCUCUGCUUCGAUAUGGAAGCCGCAGGUUUAGCUACCGAAUCCUCUUACAUUAUCAUUCGGGGCAUCUGUGAUUACGCAGACUCGCACAAGAACGAUGUUUGGCAGUACUAUGCAGCUGCCGUAGCGGCUGCGUGUACCAAGGAGCUCUUGGCUUAUCUGGACCCUGUAAUUACCGGAGACAGCGAAGAGCGCAGCUUGAGGUAUUCUGAUACAGCAAGCAAAGUGAAUAGUUAUGCUAAUUUCACCGGUCGAGGAGUUCAGAAUCUAGGCGGUAGCUUCAGCGUGGGAAGAGACAUGCACAUCAAUUAA